AUUAUAUGGAUUAGCUUGAUAUUGAUUCGUCUAAGUUUGAUUGUCAAAAAUAUGUUGGAGAAUUCUUAAAAAAUCAUAGUGUUUAAGAUUUAAUUCAAAGGCACAAUUAAUUGCAAUAAGAAAUUAAAGAAUACGAUUCAGAUAUAUAAUCAUUAGUUUUUGAAAAUUACAGGUACAAGAACAAAUUAGAUAUAGCAAAUUCAUAUCAUCAAUUGACACAGUAAAAAAGAUGAAAACUGAUAUCACCUAAAUAGAUUAAAAGGUCGAGACUUUGGCACAAUCCAUGAGUAAAAUAGCUUAAUUGUCUAGAAGAAUAGAUUCUUAAUUAUCUAUUAAAAGAGAAGAAAUCAUAAAAUUAGAUACAGUCAAUAAGGAUUUAAGUAGGCUUAAUUCUGUUUGCAAUUUUCCUCAUAUUAUACAAAAAGAAUUAGAUCAAUAUAAAAUUAGUAAAGGAAAGAAUUAUGAUGAAUAUUUUAAUGAGACUGCUUAGUAUUAUAAAUAGUGUUAUUCAACUUUGGAUCAAUACAAAAAUGAACCACUUAUUUAACCAAUUUACAAAGAAACGAAUUAAAAAUUAGAUAAUACUAGAUAGAUUCUUUGGAGUUCUUUAAUAGAAUUUAAAUAAUAGAAUCCCCUUUUAUAAUUGUAUUCUGAAUCUAAAGUAUCAAUCUCUACUUAAGAGGCAAGAUCAGCAGUCAAAAAGUUAAUAUAAAUAAUGGAUGAUGAAGAAGCAGUUCUAAGACAUUAUCAAAAGAUCAUUAAAGAAAGAUAUUUGACUGUAGCAAAAGAAUUAAUAGAUAAAGCAGCUAUUACAAAAUCAUCUGAAGUUGUAAACUUGAUGGAUUAUUUAGAAGAUAAAAGAUAUGAUUAUACAGUAGAAGAAUUAGAAGAAUAUAAAUAAAUGAAAGAAAAAGAAAUAGUUAAUUCAGAUUCAGCGAUUUAAGGAUCAAUUCUUUGGUUAAUCAAUUAAUUAUGUUAAAUUAUAUUCAAAGAAUUGAAGGUUGAGGUUUCUUUUUUGCUUAUUGAAAUCAGAGGAACUUUAAGAGAUAAGUCUUUAGAAUAAUUAUCAACUCAAUGUAUCAAAGAAAUCAUUCAUGGAGUUUUUUAGGGUGUUACUGAUAAAAUGAGUUAAAAGAAAAUUAAUAAUGUUUAAGUUAAUGAAGUUUUUGUUAAAUUAUAAACUGAACUUUAAUCAUUAUUUGAAAACAAUUCAAUUAGAUAGUAAUUGAGAACUGAAAUUAUUGACAAAUUUACAGAAAAUGUUGAAAAUAUCUGUAGAGGAUAGGUUUUUACAUCUUUUAGCCAUUUAAGGGUUUAAUUUUUAGAGUUACUAGUGUUUGCUAAAAAUGAUUUAUAGCGUUUGUAGCCUACAGAUGAAAUCAAAAGAGAGAUUAUGACUCUCAUUACUGUAAUCAAAUAAAAAUUAAUUGCAUUCACAACUAUAAGGUUAUUAGAUCUUAAAGCUUUUGUAUUUUCAUAAUAAUAGAGUUAUCUUAGAGAAUAAGAGACUUAUUUAAAUUUAAUCUAAGCUUCGUUAAUCGAAUUUGUUAAAUUUAUUGGUAAAAUAUUUGCUUUUAGAUCUAUUUCUAUUUCUCAAGAAUAAUUAAAUUAACUAUUUAAUGAUAAUUAUAUUAUUUAGCAAGUCUUACCUUUAUUAAACACUAAUGAUUCAACAUACUAUUAUUUGUUUUCAAAUUAAUUCUUAUAAUUGUACUCCAAAACUUUAAGUAAUAAAUUAUUUGAACUUGUUAGCUAAGUUUUUUAAGGAUACAAAAGUAAAUAUGUAAUUUAAUUUUAAGUCCGAUCACCUACCGACCAAGAAUUAAAUAAACUCAAGACUUAUAUCAAUGGAUCUACCUAAAAGAAUUUAAUUUUAUUUGCACAAGCUUAGAGUGAACAUUGGAUUAACAUCAUAUUUAAAUAUCUAAAUUAGGAAAAUAUUGUGUACUAACAAUAAAUUACUUAAAAAAUGUUAUUAAAUGAAGUCAAGAAUUUCAUUGAAGCAUUAGGUUUAUUAUUUCCAGAUACAAAAAGAGGUCUAGUAAAGAAAUUGUCCUUUAUCCAACAAAAUUCUUUUAAUAUUUAAAUGGAAAUCGUUAUGGUAAGAAAAUGUAAGAUAUUAGAAACUAAUAUAAAUGACAGAAAUAGUUUGCUUAUAACUGUUGUAAAAUAUGUAUUGAAAGUAUUAUUACAAAAAGUAAGAAGAACUUAUUUUUCAGAAGAAUUAUAUAAAUAAUUUUAGGUUGAUUUGUAUUUUGUUAUGUAAUUAUUGUAUGAUAUGGUUUCUGUUGAUGAAGAAGGCUUAAUUGCAGGAUUUUAUAUGGAAAUUUUAGACUGUGCUGGUAAAAAUUGUAAAAAUGAUGUUAAAAUUGAUCCUAAAAUAUUAGAAAAUUUGUCAAUCUAGACUAGAAUGUGAUAUUUAUUAAAAUUAUUUUAUUUGCAUG